AAAAAAAGGGGGAGGAAAUAGUUUUCUUUCUUUCUCUUUAUCUUUUUAUUUUAUCAAAAAUAUGACUGUCACUGAUUCUACCAAAGUGCUUACCAUUGACAAUAUGAACCCACUAAUUAAAAAUGUGGAAUAUGCUGUGCGGGGUCGUUUGGCUAUUCGUGCUGAAGAAAUUCGCUCAGACAUUGAAAAGGGUAAACAAUAUCCUUUUGAUAAAGUCGUGAAUUGUAAUAUUGGUAAUCCACAACAACUUAACCAGACACCUGUCACAUUUUUCCGUCAGGUGGCAUCUCUUUGUGAUAAUCCAGAUUUACUAAAAAAAGAGAACCGUGGUCUUGUAUCACAAUUGUAUCCUUCAGAUGCUAUCGAAAGAGCUGAAUUUUUAUUGAAUGCCAUUGGCAGUGUAGGCGCUUAUUCUCAUUCUCAGGGCGUGCCUGCUAUCCGUCAAACAGUGGCUGACUUUAUUGCUGAACGUGAUGGUCAUACUGCUGACCCUAACCAUAUCUAUUUAACACAAGGUGCGUCUGCUGGUGUUCAGAGCUUACUGAGUAUGUUGACUGAAAAUACCAAUACGGGCAUCAUGAUUCCUAUUCCUCAAUACCCUCUUUAUUCCGCCACAUUAACACUGUACGGCGCUACACCUGUACAUUAUUAUCUGGACGAAGCUACUGGCUGGAGUUUAGAUGUGAGACAGUUGACUGGGAUUGUGGCAGAUGCACGCAAACAAGGCAUUGACGUAAGAGCUUUGGUCAUUAUCAAUCCAGGCAACCCUACAGGACAAUGCUUAAGUGAAGAAAAUAUGCAAGACAUUGUUACUUUCUGUUAUGAACAACGUUUGGUUUUAUUAGCGGAUGAAGUUUAUCAAACCAACAUUUAUGACCCACAAGAACGUCCGUUUGUCAGCUUCAAGAAGGCCCUGAUGGAACACCCCGAUGCUGAAAUAAGGGAAGGUUUAGAACUUGUGUCGUUUCAUUCGAUUUCAAAGGGCAUGGUGGGUGAAUGUGGUCGACGUGGCGGUUAUUUUGAAUGUGUGAACCUGGACCCUGACGUACUUGACCAACUCUACAAGAUGGCCUCUGUGUCGCUUUGUCCUAAUUUACAUGGUCAGAUUUUGGUGGACUUGAUGUGUAACCCGCCUCGUUUUGGAGACGCUUCGUAUGACUCAUACAAGUCUGAAAUUCGUGCUAUUUAUGAAUCCCUACGUCGACGAUCUAAAAAGCUGGAAAGUGUGUUUAAUCGCCUUGAAGGUGUCUCAUGUCAACCUGCUGAGGGUUCCAUGUACCUUUUCCCACAAGUGGUGUUACCCCAAAAAGCCAUAGAAGAAGCCAAAAAACAUCGUAUGGCACCCGAUGCUUAUUAUGCUCAUGCCAUGUUGGAAGCAACGGGUGUUUGUGUCGUACCAGGUUCAGGGUUUGGACAAGAACAUAAUACCUGGCAUUUUCGAUCUACCUUCUUACCUGAAGAGCAUUUGUUUGAUCAGUUUUGUUCUGAUAUUGAAGCGUUUCAUGUUCAGUUUAUGGAAGACCAUCAAGACUAAUUGUUUAUUUUCACUUGACGUUUAAAUAAAAAAAUAAAAUUAAAGCUCAUUCCCUUUAGAGAAAUACCCGUGUAUCUUGCUAAACAUUAAGUUUAGGGUGUUUCACAAGACUGACUAUAU